AUGCUCGACUCUAUCGCCAACCGCCCUAACAAGGUUCCCCACUACCAGAGGCUCUAUCAGGCCAACCCCAAGGUUCCUAUCUACAUGAAGCACCCCAGGUCAAAGUUCUUGAUCUACCCCUUCUACGCUAUCUUCGGUGUCGGAGUUGUUGGUUCUUUCUGGGGUCUCACCCGUAUGGCUCGUGGUAUCAAGGAGUAG